CUGCCUCAGUUAUUUUGAACCUAGAAAAUGAUGAAGCUUUUGGUCUGUGCCCUGCUGGUAGGAUCCUGCACUGCUGUCCCCCUCCUUACCGAUGUGGAACCCUAUAUUACCAAUGGAGAACCGGCGGAGGUGGGUCAGUUUCCCUACCAGGCCGGUCUAAACGUCUCCUUCGGAAACUGGAGCACUUGGUGCGGCGGCACCUUGAUCUCACACUACUGGAUAAUCACAGCAGGAGGGGGGGAUAAUCACUGCAUGGAUGGGGCGGAGUCCGUAACGGUCUAUUUGGGGGCCAUAAACAUUGGUGAUGAGUCCGAAGAGGGUCAGGAGAGGAUCUUAGUGGAGAAGUCGGGCAUUAUAGUGCACUCGAACUAUAUGGCUAGCACGGUGGUCAACGACAUCUCGCUUAUUCGAUUGCCCGCCUUUGUGGGUUUCACUGAUCGCAUCCGGGCCGCCAGUUUGCCCCGCCGCUUGAACGGCCAGUUUCCCACGUACGAGUCCGUCCGGGCCUUCGCCUCCGGGUGGGGACGUGAAAGCGAUGCCUCCGACUCGGUCUCCCCCGUGCUGAGAUACGUAGAGAUGCCCAUCAUGCCUUACUCUGUGUGCCGGGUGUACUGGAGUGGAGCUGUGUCGGAGAAGAUGAUCUGCAUGAGCACCACCAGCGGCAAGUCCACCUGUCAUGGUGACUCUGGCGGUCCGCUGGUCUACAAGCAGGGCAACUCCAGCUACCUGAUCGGAUCCACCUCUUUUGGAACCUCUAUGGGAUGUCAAGUGGGAUUCCCGGCCGUGUUCACCCGCAUCAGCAGCUACUUGGACUGGAUCCUCAACCACAUCAUCGCCCAUACUAAAGAAUAAGCUACGACUAAACUGUUCUUCGCAAGAGAAAUCCACUCGCAAUGAUUUAAAUCAACUAGC